GCUCAAUCAAUAAAACAUGUUGCAACAUCUGUUUGUCAUUCUUAAUUCGUUAAUUAAAGAUCUAUCAUCAAAUAUCGGCUUGUGCCCAUCGGACGAAAGGAGUUUAUAAAGUAUUUUUCCAGUUAAUUCAGAUAAUUGGAACACAAAUUGAAAGCAGCAAAUAGAUAGACCAAAAAGCCAGUGAAAUAUGUCGAAGAUCUUCAAUGAUCCAAUACAUGGGACAAUCAUGCUCGACCCGUUACUUGUUAAAAUAAUUGAUACACCACAGUUCCAACGACUGAGAAAUAUCAAACAACUCGGUGGGUGUUAUUUUGUUUAUCCAGCCGCAUCGCACAACCGUUUUGAGCACAGUAUUGGAACAUGUUUCUUAGCAAGUAAAUUAGCACACAACUUAAAGCAACGACUUGACCAAGACAUAGAGAAGUUAGGGAAAGAUGACGAAAAGAAAAUGUAUGUUGAGAAACUGGAAAAGGCAAAAAUGACACCGGAGGACUUAUUGUGUAUAGAGAUAGCAGGAUUAUGCCAUGAUAUAGGACACGGGCCAUAUUCACAUUUGUUUGAUCGAUUGUUCAACAAAGCGAUGAAAAAGAAGGACCCGAGUACAGUGGAAUGGCAGCAUGAAGAUGUGUCAAGUAGGAUGAUAGAUCAUAUGAUUAAAACAAAUAAGGAUCUUCAAGAAGAAUUUGUAAACAGAUUUCCGUCAGAUUGGAAGGAUAGAGUGAAAUUCAUAAAAGACCUCAUCGAAGGAAAUAAGGAGAAAACAGAUAAGAAAGCAAUAUACUACAUGUAUGAGAUUGUAGCAAACAAGCGGAAUGAGAUAGAUGUUGAUAAAAUGGACUAUUUUGCUAGAGAUUGUCAUGGACUCGGAAUGAAAAGUAACUUUGACCAUCUUCGUUACAUCAGUCAAUGUAGAGUGGUGUUCUCCAGUGAUAAACCUGAUGAAACGACUAUUGCUGUUCGAGACAAGGAAGAGUAUAAUCUGUAUGAGCUGUUUCAUACCCGAAUUGGACUUUUCAGAAGAGCUUACUACCAUAAAGUAAAUAAGGCAAUCGAAUUAAUGUUAACUGAUGCCCUUGUUGCAGCUAACGACCAUCUAGACAUACCAACUGAUGAAAGGUUAACUGAUGCUCCUGUUGCAGCUAACGACCCUCUAGUCAUACCAACUGAUGAAAGGUUAACUGAUGCUCUUGUUGCAGCUAACGACCAUCUAGCCAUACCAACUGAUGAAAGGUUAACUGAUGCUCCUGUUGCAGCUAACGACCAUCUAGCCAUACCAACUGAUAAAGGUUCAAGUGUUAAAACGGUAAAAAUGAGUGAGGCUUAUCAACAUAUGUCUGCAUAUGAGAAGUUAACUGACAGUAUCGUUGAUGAUAUCCUGAAGAGUACCAAUAAAGAGUUGACAGAGGCAAAAACUCUGAUAAACAGGAUUUAUAAACGGAAGCUUUAUAAACUUGUCGGUCAAACAGCACCAAAACAAAAUGUUGCAGAGCAGAAGCUUAUUGAGAUUGAGGAGGAUUUAUUACAAGAUGAGGAACUGAUUACAAAAGAUGAUUUUCAAGUACAGAAACUCACGUUUUCUUAUGGAAUGAAAAAGAAAAACCCGAUCACAUCAGUAUACUUUUAUAAGAAAGGGAGUUUUGAAUGUUUCAAGGGGGAAGAACCCACAAAGACAUCCUUGUUUUUGCCUUCUGGAGAUUUUCAAGAAGAAAUUGUAUUUGUAUAUUCAACAAGCUUAGACGACAAAAAGUUCAACAAACUUUCAUGGAAGUGGGAUGUUAUGAAAAUAAUGGAAGAUGCAAAGGAUGCUAUAAAAAUAAUGGAGGAUGCAAAGAAUGCUAUGAAAAUAAAUAAAGACGCUAAGGAUGCUUUGAAAAUAAUUGAAAAUGCUGAGGAUGCUAUGAAAAGAAUUGAAGACGCGAAGGAUGCUAUGAAAAGAAUUGAAGACGAGAAGGAUGCUAUGAAAAGAAUUGAAGACGCGAAGGAUGCUAUGAAAAGAAUUGAAGACGCGAAGGAUGCUAUGACAAAAAUUGAAGACGCGAAGGAUGCUUUGAAAAUAAUUAAAGAUGCUAAGAUGGCUAUGAACAAAACUGAAGACGCAAAGGAUGCUUUGAAAAUAAUUGAAGAUGCUAAGGAUGCUAUGAAAAAAAUUGAAGAUGCUAAGGAUGCUUUGAAAAAAAUUGAAAAUGCUAAGGAUGCUAUGAACCAAAAUGAAGACAGGAAGGAUGUUUGGAAAAUAAUUGAAGAUGCUAAGGAUGCUAUGAAAAAAAUGGAAGACGCGCAGGAUGCUUUGAAAAAUAAAAGACGCUGA